AUGAAAUAAUUCUUAGCAGCUGCUUUAACAAUCCUACUUAUGACAACAGGAUAUUAUCAUCUUGCUGAUGAGAAUACAUCGGAUUUUGAAAAAUGGGCUAAAAAAAAUAAUAAAUAUUAUACAGAAAGUGAAAAAUUGUACAGAAUGGAAAUCUUUAAUUCUAACAAAAGAAUGAUUGAAGAGCACAACUAAAGAGAAGAUGUGAGUUAUGAAAUGGGGGAAAAUCAAUUUAUGACUCUUACUCAUGAUGAAUUCGUUGACCUUUAUUUAUAAAAAUUAGAAAUUUAAUAAGAUUUGUUAUAGGAGGAAAUUCCAUAAAUAUAAUUAGAAGGAUUAUAAGCAGUUGAUUGGAGAAAUUACACAACAGUAAAAUCCUAAGGUCAAUGUGCUUCUGGAUGGGCAUUUUCAGUUAGUAAUUCAUUAGAGUCAUGGUAUGCUAUAAAAGGAUUUUAAAAAAUAAAUGCAUCAACAUAAUAAAUAGUUGAUUGUGAUUAUUAUUCUUAAGGAUGUUCUGGAGGUUAUAAUGCAUAUGCUAUGGAUUAUGUGAAAAGAGUAGGAUUAGUGAAUAGCUCAAGUUAUCCAUAUGUUGCCAAAAACUAAACUUGUAAAUAAUCAAAAAAUGGUACAUAUUUUAUUAAUGGUUACUUAUUUGUUGGUGGAUAAUAAUCUACUGUAUAACAAUAUCUAAAUAAUUAUCCAAUAUCAGUUGGCGUUGAUGCUUCAAAUUGGUAGUUUUAUAGAUCAGGAUUAUUCUUGAAUUGUUCAUCAAAUGCUACUAAUCAUUAUGCUUUAGCAGUUGGAUUUGACACAGCUAAUAAUUGGGUUAUCUAAAAUUCAUGGGGAACUACAUGGGGUGAAAGUGGACACAUCAGAUUAUAUCCAAAUAAUACANAUAAUAAAAAUAAGAUUCUUUGAUUCAACAUUUCUUUGUAUUUCUUUAUAAGCAUUAAUGGGAAUUAAAAAAAUUUCCUUUGUCAAAUAUGUAACGAAUGUUGUAGUUAACGAUUAAAAAAAUUGAAUAGGAAAAUUUUACUUAUCAUUUUAACAUUAAUUGUAGUAAAUUAUUUAGCACAAUAUUUAUUAUAGAAUGAAUAAGAUAUUCCAUAAUUAAAACUUU